AUGACGGCGAAAUACGCGGACAUCAUUGUCACGGUGAAAGAUGGCGUCGGGACGAUCAAGGCAUCUAACAACAUCACUUCGAAAGACUUACCACUUGAACGUCACUAAUUGAGAGGCUUAGUUCAAUCGACCGAAAUCCCUCAACGCAUUCGGAGGAAGCAUGGUCGAAGACACCAUCGGCGCCCUGCGAGAACUCAACGACCACCCGGACACCACCUUUACGGUAAUCACCGGCGAAGGCCGAUUCUUCGCCGCCGGAGCAGACGUGACAGGUAGGUCCUGAAAAAAAAAAAAAACUCAUUUCGCUACCAUUAUUAUCCAUCUGAGAUAAUUUGUAUGUUCCUCCUCCCAGCGGUGGCGGGCAUAUCGAAUGAUUUCAAGAACGACGGCGAAAAGAAGGUCUUCUGGGCCCAGCGACUCGCCGUGGGCAUGGAGCUCGUCCGCAGCAUCAUCGACCACAAAAAGGUCCUCGUGCUCGCCAUGAAUGGGCCCGCCGUCGGCGCGGGCGCGGCCUGGUUCCAGGGGACGUCGGAUCUGUUCUACGCCGCCGAGGGCGCCUGGCUGCAGGUGUCCUUCUCGCAGAUGGGCCUCGUGCCGGAGAACGGCAGCGCCUUCAACUGGGCGUCCAACAUGGGCGUGCACCGCGCCAACGAAUGGCUCAUGUUCGGCGAGAAGGCGAGCGUGGAGGAGCUGAAAGCACUGGGCAUGGUGAACCGGAUCUUCCCCAAGGAAGGUUUCCAUCAGCACGUGCAGGAUUUCCUGGUGGAGAUGCUGAAGGAGCGGGACGGGAAGAGUAUGACGGAGAUGAAGCGGUUACAGAACGUGGGCAAGCGGGAUGCCCAGAUUCUGGCGCUGUUUGAGAGCUGGCAGGCGCUGAGUGAGAGGUUUGUCGAGGGUGAGCCGACGAAGCGGAUGAAGGCUAAGACGGCGGAGUUGGCAGGUGAGUUUCCUCGCCUCGACAAACAAUCCGAUGAGAUCCAUGCAUGACUGACCUUGCACAGCGAAGAGAAAAGGUCGAGAUUCCAAGAUUUAG